AUGGCACCCUCCAACUCCAAAGACGUCAGUUUCACUCCGCGCGAGAUGGAAGUCCUCGCCCUCGCAUGGCAGUGCAUGGAAACCCAGCCCAAGAUCGACAUGGCCAAACUCGGCGCCCUCGCCGGCUACACCCCCGGCAGCGCCAGCGUCACUUUCGGCAAAAUCAAAUCCAAGCUCAAGCUCCUCGGUGAGUCUCUCCAAGACACGCCCGGCACACCCUCCAAGUCCACGCCCAAGAAGAAAGCUGCUACCCCCGCCUCUACUACGCCUCGCAAGCGCAAGAACGCUGCGCUGGUGGCAGAUGCGACGCCCAGUAAGAAGGGCAAGAUGCCGAUGCGCGAGGAAGACGAUGUCGAGGAUGAUGACGAGGUCAUUAAGUGCGAUGUGUCUGGUGUCAAGAAGGAGGAGGAGAUUGAGGAUUAUGGGUUCUUGAGCGGAAUCGAGGCAUAUGCUGUUGGUAACAGUGGUAGGAACUGA